UUUUUUUUUUUUUGCACUUUAAACUCGAGAUCUGUGAGUCUGUGAGUAAAACUCCUCCUGAGGCGUAAAGUUUUACAGGCCUCACCCUCGGAUGAUACAAGUUCGUAUCUGCAGGUAAGGAGGAAGAGAAAAACUCCGUAUAAGGACAUCGCUUCCGGUGCACGGACUUUGACAAGCGUGAGGCUUCAGUCGGUCACAACAAACGAAGGAAGCGAGGACGAGGAUGGAGCGCGUGUKGGGGGACGUCUUCUUUGCUUUAAUUGUGUUUUCUGUCAGAAUCCGUCCAUCUCUGCCUUUCAACGUCGGCACUGCAGGGGCGAAGAUUUUCAGCGGUCCAGCAGCAGAGGAGUUCGGCUACACGGUGCAACAAGCAGUGAACACUCAGGACAAAUGGCUCCUGGUCGGUGCUCCAUGGAGUGGUUUCUCUGCAAACAGGAAGGGGGAUGUUUACAAAUGUCCAGUCUCAGGAUCCAGAAACAGCUGCGAUAAACUCAGUCUGCAAGAUUCUGUUAGUAUUCCAAAUGUUAAAAAUGUCAACGCUAACAUGUCCCUGGGUUUGACUCUGACCUGGAUGCCAGCUGUCGAUGAUUUUCUGAUGUGUGGUCCACUUUGGGGGCAGCAGUGUGGAGACCAAAACUUUUACCCAGGGCUGUGUGCAAAACUGAACCCCUAUUUUCAACUUCAACCUGCCUUCUCUCCUGCUGUUCAGACGUGUGGCGGGCCGAUGGACAUUGUGAUUGUUUUAGAUGGUUCAAACAGCAUUUAUCCCUGGCCACCAAUGACUGACUUCCUGCUGAAGUUAAUACCCUCCUUAGACAUMGGGCCUCAAAGUACACAGAUAAGUGUCAUCCAGUAUGGAGAACGUCCCCAAUUUGAAUUCAAACUGAAUGAAUUUAAAACCAAAGCAGAGAUGAUUGCUGCAGCGAAAAAAAUCAACCAGAUGUACGGCUCUUUAACAAAUACAUUCCAGGCAAUUCAGUUUGCCAGUCGGGAGGGUUUCAAGGCGACUUACGGCGGGCGACCUGGUGCCGCCAAAGUCUUGGUUGUUGUUACUGAUGGCGAGUCACAUGAUCAGGAUUUAAGAGCCACGGUCAUUCCUGAGUGUGAGACAAAAGGCAUCACACGAUUUGGCAUUGCGGUCUUGGGUUAUUAUAUCCGAAACAACAUAGACACAGAAAGCCUGAUUGAAGAAAUCAAAUCCAUUGCUAGUUUACCYACUGAGAAGUUCUUCUUCAACGUGUCAGACGAGGCAGCUCUGUCCACRAUCGCUGGAACUUUGGGGAACCGAAUCUUCAACAUAGAAGGUACUGGGAAAGAAGGUGAAAGCUUCCAGAUGGAGAUGUCUCAGGUUGGAUUCAGCGCUCAUUAUGCCAAACAGCAGGAUGUGAUGAUGCUCGGAGCUGUGGGAGCGUACGCCUGGAGCGGGACCGUCGUCCAUCAGACGGGCUCUAAAGUAACCAUUUUCCCAUUCUCUGCCUUUGAGGGGUCACUGCAGGACAGAAAUCACAGCUCUUUGUUGGGUUACUCUCUAACCACACUGAGCGAUGGGUCUGCAGAGUACUUUGUGGCCGGUGCGCCUCGUUCCAAUCACUCUGGACAAGUUAUUGUCUACACAGUCAGAUCUGACAAGCAAACUGCUAUCAUAGAUUCAGAGAGAGGGAAACAGAUCGGCUCGUACUUUGGGAGUGUUCUGUGCUCGCUGGACGUGGACAUGGACGGGGUGUCAGACCUUCUUCUGGUAGGAGCGCCCAUGUACAUGAGUGACCUGAAGAGAGAAGAAGGCAGAGUCUAUUUGUUCUCUGUCACUAAGGGUAUCCUAAAUGAGCAGGGAUUCCUCACCGGUCCAGCCCCGACUGAGAAUUCACGUUUUGGAAUGGCCAUUUCUGCCGUUCCUGACCUUGACCUCGACGGUUACAGUGACGUCGUGGUUGGAGCACCACUGGAGGAAAACGGAAAAGGUGUUGUUUACGUCUACAAUGGGGACAAGAAGACCUUAAACAAACAGUUCUCGCAGAGAAUCCUUGGCUCCAAACUUGAUCCUAACCUUCAGUAUUUUGGAAGAUCGCUUGAUAGCUUCAAAGAUCUGAAUGGUGAUACCAUUCCUGACGUCUCCAUCGGUGCUUAUGGCAAAGUGGUGCAGCUCUGGUCCAGAGGAGUGGGAGUGGUUACAGCUACAGCUUCAUUCAACCCAGAUAAAAUCAACAUUUUCAACAAACUCUGUGAUGUUAGUGGACGCAAGCAUUCCUGCUUCAACACCAAAGUUUGUUUUGCAGCUUCGUUCAGACCCAAGAAAACUGUGGGGUCCAUCGAUGUUUCCUACACUUUGACUCUGGAUGCUGACCUGCUGGGAUCACGAGUGACRUCACGAGGGCUGUUUGUAAAAAACAACGAACGUUACCUGAAAGUUAAACAGACAAUCUCAUCAGCAUCCCAGUGUGUUGAAAACCAGGUUUAUGUUCAGGAAACCCCAGACUUUGUGAAUUCCCUCAGUCUGAAAGUUGAAGUCGAGCAGGAGAACGCAGAUGUGAACCCGGUUCUCGACAUGUUUUCUCCAAACGCUUUUGAAUUCUUUAUCCCGUUCACUAAAGACUGUGGAUCAGACGAGGUGUGUGUCAGUGAUCUGGUUCUCAGCGUGAAGACGAACACAAAGAUUUCCAGUUCAGCUCCCUUUCUGGUCAGCGCUAAUAACCGAGGCCUGUCGUUUGAAGUUGCUGUGAGGAACAAGAAAGAAAAUGCCUACAACACGCAAGUCUCCGCCACAUUCUCCAGCAACCUCUACUACUCAUCUGUCUCUCCUACAGAUGCAGUGAAAUGCACGGCAACACAAACAGAUACUGUCACUUGUCAAGUUGGUUACCCAGUCAUAAAAGAAGACCAAGAGGUGACAUUUCAGAUCAAUUUUGACUACAGCUUUGAUACCCUUAAAAGUCUCGCUGAAGUCAAAUUUGAGGCCAAAAGCGAUGGCAGAGAGGAAUACCCGGCAGACAAUAAUAAGGACAYAUCCAUUCCUUUGCAGUACGACACGGGGAUCGUUUUAUCCAAGGAAGCAAACAUUAAUUUUUACGUGGCAAACAUGUCCGGUCGUGUGGUGACGACAGUGAAAACUCUGGAUGAUAUCGGCCCAGAGUUUAACUUUACAGUCAAGAUUUCAACAGGUUACUUCCCUGUCAGCCUCCUGUAUCUGACCAUAAAUCUACCAAUGAACACUAAAGGAGGAAACCAUCUCCUCUAUCUGACCAGUGUGGAAACACAAGCAGGAGGAGCUGUUAGCUGUGACUCCAGCCGUCUAGUUGAUCCUCUGCAGAUCGGUGGCAAGAGCCAUGACGUUUCCUUCUCAGAGGAGAGCUUCAGAGGCAUGGGGAAACURGACUGCAAAAAUGCAAAAUGUGAAAGCAUAAAGUGCAUCCUAAAAGAUGCUGACGUUAAGAGCACCUACUUGGUGAAAGUUAAAACCAGGAUCUGGACUGGGACGCUCAAUACGGCUACCUAUCAGUCCAUCGAGCUGACCUCCAGUCUGGAUGUGGAGACCUCCAACCCAGAUCUGCUCAUCAUUGGCCUCAAACGGCAAAACGUGGUGCUGACGGUCAGUAAACCUGGAGAGACGGCUGAUGUUCCUGUGGGAGUGAUAGCUGGCAGCGUCAUAGCAGGGCUGCUGCUGCUGGCUGCGGCUGUCGCAUUGUUGUGGAAGUUUGGGUUUUUCAAAAGAAAGUACCAGCAGCUUCAGAAGGAGGCUGACGAUGAUGGACCGAGCCCCCCGCACGUCGAUGAAGUGCUGUGAAGUAAAGGGAAAACCAGCAGCCCAGCAUCUCUCUCUGAUGUACAUUUCCAGUGGGAAUGUCGGCGUUUUCCACGUCAAAUAGGCUGCAUCUCAGUCACUGGAAACCAGGCACUUUAAUGAAAAGAGAGCUAGUAAGUUUGUGGAUGAGUGAGAUUCAGUUCUCGGUGUUUUGCAGACGAGUAAUGUUCUUUUUGCUGUGUGAACUGUACAGGGUUUGUGAAACUAUGCACUGACUUUUAGAAGCGUAAAAGUUGUUCUUUAUUCCUAGAUUAAACAAUCAUGAAUAAUUUAAUGCAGUUUUAGGCCAUAAAUGAGCUCAUCAAUAAUGUGCAAAUGUUGACAUCUGGAGUUUCACACUGUAAACACACUGAAAAGCUUUUUGGAACAAAUUUCACAAACUCAGUUAUGAAAUCUUAAACCUGUAAAUAUAGCUGAUAUGUUCAGCUUGAAACAAGCUAACUUCCACUGUCACCUCUGACUCUCAGGGCUACUUUUACAUUAAGAGUUUUAAUAUAAUAUGAGUUAUAAGCAUAAAACAAACAAUAGAGACCUGGAAAGAGCAAAAUAUAUUAUUUUUUAUUGUUUUUACUGUGUGUACUAAAACAUUAAAUUGUGACCUUUUUAUAUUUUUAUGUGAGCUAAAUAGAUGAAACUUGGGUGGGUUAGUUUCAGUGAUUCUAGUUGUGGUACUUAUACUGUAUACAGUAUAUAACUCACCUUAUGAUAACCGAUUUUAUAGUACUGUGCUGAUUGUUUGAAUCAAAUCUGUUUGUUAAUAUUUGGUACAUUUAUUGUGUUUUAACACUUAAAAAUAAGAAAAAUUGUUCAAAUUGUAAAAAUAAAUGACGGUAAAAAUCCUUUAAAAUGAACCCAAAGCAGGGGAAAAAAUAAUGAAAGAUUAGUAUUUUUUUUUCAGUGUGAACCAUUCACUUCUGAGCUCGAUAGUUUUACUGUAAAUUAUUCUGUGAUGGUGCAUCRUGUUUAUGUCUGUAAGAUAUUUUUAUAGGGUUUUGUAAUUCAGUACAUUUAUCAGCUGGACAAAUUGUUUGUACUGUCUCAGCUUUGGCUCAAGAUGGCAGCAUUGAUGCAGGUGGCAUUGUUUUUAUUGUUUUCUCCUCCCUCAGCAUUAAAUGGAAUAAUUAAUCUCAA